AUGGGGUUUUCUUUCAUGCAGACAAUCCCGGUGCGAAAAAGAUUUCUGCCUGCGAUGAUGAUGGAUUUUCCAGGAGCGCAGACGAGGGCUCAGAGUAAAAUAACAGAGGGCUCAGAGUAUCAAGAGGAACUGAAGUAUGACUUCAAUGCAAAAGGGGAACUGAGGCAUCUGGAUACAAAUGAGUCCUUUGUUUUCAAUUAUUACAAGAAUGCACCUGAGCAGAAUCACAAGCGCUAUCAAGUUUUGGGACAUUUGAUUAUUCAGUAUGUUUAUGAGCUCCUGGAAAGAGUCUGCAUGCUGCAGAAGGUUUAUAUUCCUACUGAUGCUACAGAGGAUGAACCAAGAAGUUUCUUUUUCGUGAGCAAGGAUGCAUGAAUAAGUUCUUCUUGCCUAAUCAUCCUGCUUCAAGAUCAUGGAGUUUUCCACGCUGGACAGCGGGAGCUGAGGACAAUUGUCAGUGAGGGCCUGUGGCAUGGAACACAAAUCCCAUUCAUCAAAGUGGCCUUUCAGAGCCACAUGGAAGUGAUUGUACUUAAUCCCAAUGACAACUUCACUGAGACUGAAAUACUAAAUUUUUCUGCACAGUGUGUCUGCUGGAUCCCCAAGAGGGGCAGCAGCAGCCCUGAGGAACACACCAUAUAUGUAUGGGAUCAUUUUAUUUCAAAGAGCAUGACUAAGAAUGUGGCUUUCAUUGCCUGUGGCUAUGGUAGUUUGGUGUUAGUUGAUCUGCUGGUGCAGAGAAAAUGGGAGGUAAGGAAUAAAGCGUGCUCUGUGGCAUUCAUUGACUCCAUGCACAACACACAGCACCAGACUGGAAGCGAUCCACAAAUACAAGAAUGGAUCCAGAAACACUGCCGUGAAUGGGUGUCAAGCAGGAAGCAUAUAAAUAAGGCUGUACGCUGUGUCAUGAAGGUGAACUGCCCCACUAUCUCUGCUGGAACAGAAAAGUAUGGUUUAGCACCCUCCUGCUGCCUACAUGCCAUCUUUAAGUACCUGAAGAGCACACUGAAAGCCAAGACAACCUUUAGUGUUGCAACCAGAAGCAACACAAGAAAAGAGAAGCGGUAAAUAAAGGUAUACUGAUUCAUUCUUGAUCAUGGGCUCUUCCUUUCAUAACUGUCCCUGUAUCUUUCAGUCAUCUAAGGAC